AUGGAUCCACGGUACAACCAGCAAUACGGCUAUCCCAAUGGCCCAAACGUCCCGUACACUCCGCCACAACCACAGAAUGGCUACCAGCAAUAUGGCCAACCACCGCAGUACCCCCAGCAGUACCCGCUGCCACAAAUGCAGAUGCACCAUGGGUAUGCGCAGCAUCAGCAGCAGCAAAGACAACCUCAGGUGGUCAUACCGCGACCACAGAGCCAGCAGUACAUGCCAAUGCCUCAGCAAACGUACUCGCCGCAGCAACAGUACCAGCAGCAACCAUACCAGCAGCCGCAGUACCAGCAGCCGCCACAGCAGCAAACGCAGUACCGACAAGCGCCACUACCGCAGCCUCGACCACAACCACAACCACAGGUCAUGAUACCUCAGCGAGCCCCGACCGCAAUGCCCUACCCUCAAAUGUCCAGUCCGCAGCUGUCCAGCCCAAACAUAAGACAGGUGCAGAUGCCGGUACAGCGCACAAGCAAUGCUGGAAUCUCGCAGAUGGACGGCAGUCAAGAUAUGUAUCGAAGGCAAAGCAUGCAGCAAGCUCCUGCUCUGCCUGUGUCGAGUUCAGUACAACAGACGGCGUCUCACCGUGAGCCUGCGCAGCGCCCGCAGCAGAGACAUUUGCAUACGCCGGUUCAAUCUCAAGCUCCAGCUCCAGCUCCAGCUCAGGUUCGAGCUCCAGCUCGGGCACCAACUCAGGCACCAACUCAGGCACCAACUCAGGCACCAACCCAGGCACCAACUCAAGCACAGCAGCACCAGCAGCACCGCCCUCAACCACAGGUGCAAGUCCAGAUCACGCCCAAACGCACUUCCUCGCAGUCGCAUACGCUGUCGAAACCCAUCCAGACCACGCCAACACAGCAUACGCCGUCAGCGCAGACAUCGUCACAGCCAAGAUCCCACCCCAAGGUCGUCAUACCAAGACCUCCGUCACAUCAACUCACGUCUCCCACAAAGACCGCUCAGGCUCAAGUCCCAAAUAAAGCGUUACCAGCCGAUCUCUCCGUUAUGCUGUUAUCAGCAGCAGACGAAUACAUCGCUGCAGCGCGUGGCAUGGGAUCUGUGAUUGCACGGCAGAGGAGGGAUGGCGACAUCCAGCAGUACCACAAGCUCAUGUCGACUGCAAUGGGUUGCAUGGAUACUGUGUUAAGAAACUACAACAUGCAACCGCGUGACGAGGCCAAGCUACGCCUGAGAUACGCAAGCCUGCUCAUCGAGGAGACAGAUAAUACCGAGAUCGAUGAGAUCUUAUCGAAGGGUAUUUCUCUUUGCGCUCGCUGUCGCCUUCAAGAUCUCAGGUACAGCAUGCUACACCUUCAAGCUCGUUAUCAGUUCAAGACGAAUCACCGCGCUGCCUUCAAGGCUCUCGACAAGCACAUAUCAGAGGCCGAGACUUUCCAACAGCUUGCCUGGGUGUAUGCAUUCCGGUUUUUGAAGGUUUCGCUGCUGCUGCAAAGCCCCGAUCGCGUCGAAGCAAUAUCUGCGCUGCAGCACCUGCAUGCCAUAUUGGCUUAUGCAGAAAAGCGUGGUGACGUGGCAAUAGCUUUCGCCUGCAACGCGCUAGAGGCGAUGGUCCAUCUGCGAUCCAGUGCUCAGGACCGUAUAGGGGAAGUUCAGCGAGCCAUUGCAGCAGCUCGGAGCUUGCAGUCUACGAUGUCUGCGAAACAGCGGGGGUCGUUUGGCACGCUUUUCAGUGUCAUUGACCUUGCGUGCGGCGUACACCAGAACGCUCCUGACAGCGCGAAGUCGACGGCAUUGAUACAAGCCACCGCAGACGAGAAUGAUGAUGGUCUUGGAACCGAGGAUGGCGUCUUCACCGUUCUGCUGGAUCGAACGCCUGGUGGCAGCUUGACCACGGACACUGGUGGGAUCUUCAGGAAGAACAGCGAGGGCCGUGAUGAGCUGGUCUUCGCAUGGCUGCCCCGAGAAGACGUCAAGGCUCUGUGUUUCCACAUAUGUGCUCUAGACCAGGGUGUACAUGAGAAGGCACUCCAACUAGUCCAGGAAGCGCGUUCUCGAACCAAAGACUCUCUGCGCAAGCAAUCUCCCUACGAUAUCUCCAUUUCGACUGCGUGUGCACAAACACAAUGGCGCAAGAUGUUAGAUUGGCACGCUACGUUCACCCUUGGGCUUAUAGCGACCCACCGAGAGGAACAAGCAAUAGCCAAAGACGCUGUGGCCACACUCACAAGGCGAGCAGCGAGACCCCCUUAUACCGAUCAGCAACAAUACAGCCAAUCGCUGUCGUAUCUGGAGGCCAUCAUCGAUCAGACGAAUGGUUACUUCGACUCUGCGCUGGCCACCUACUCUUCGGAUGCGUUUGUGAUUGCCAGCAAAAGCUCGGCACCGACGUUAUCAAGUGAUUUUGGGAUCCUCGCAGCGCUGAAUCGCUUGCUCAUUGCAAGGGAUCCCGCCCAUCCAGAUCACCAGAACGUCGGCACGCUGCUUGUACAACUACGAUCAGCCUGCGAAGACCACCCAAGCCAGUACGUCCGCAUGGCAUACAGUCUCAUCAACGCCCUCUCAACGCUCGACCCAUCCAUCAACCGCCUGAAGACGCUGAUGAACAACGCCACCCAAAAAUCACACGACCUCUUCAAGCGCACGCACAACCGUGAAUUCGUCGUCAUGGCGCUAUGCUACUUCACAGCACGCUUCUUCAUCGAGCCCGUCACCGACAAGUCCUCCUCAGCCGCAAACGCCGUGCGCCAACACGCCAAGCAGAGCAACAGACCGCUCUGGAUGGCGGUCGCGUGCGGCCUCAUGAUUAAGGUGUUCGAGCACCACAACAACGUCGCUGAGACGCGCAAGUACCAGGACGUCUACGAGAAGGUCCGCGUCAAGCUGCCCCUGCCACUGCGAGGCGAUGAUGUCGACGCCGAGGGCGAGGAUGAUGAUGAUAAUAGAGAUCUGGAAUUCGUGUAG